UUUCAAUCUUUAUAUUUCAGCAAGCAAUGGUAGAUUCUACUGUGGGGCUAGGGUUCUCUCUUGUGUAUGCUGUGAUGGGAAAUGUGGGCCAACUACAGGCUGUAACUGUCCCCCAUGUCAUCCCAUCCCUUUAUAUAUUUCAAUCUUUAUAUUUCAGCAAGCAAUGGUAGAUUCUAUUGUGGGGCUAGGGUUCUCUCUUGUGUAUGCUGUGAUGGGAGGUGUGGGCCAACUACAGGCUGUAACUGUCCCCCAUGUCAACCCAUCCCUUUAUAUAUUUCAAUCUUUAUAUUUCAGCAAGCAAUGGUAGAUUCUACUGUGGGGCUAGGGUUCUCUCUUGUGUAUGCUGUGAUGGGAGAUGUGGGCCAACUACAGGCUGUAACUGUCCCCCAUGCCAGGCCUUGGACAGUGAAGAGGAAGCGUGGAAGCAGAAUCAGUUAAAGACACCUCAUCUAUCAAAGAAUAUGGUCAGCUCUUGGACAUGGGGCCCCCAACCAAG